AUGAGCAACGAUUCAUUCCACUAUUUUUUGCAGCUACCUGCAAAGCUACGCCGUAUGAUCUGGAUGCACUGCCUACCGUAUCGUAUAGCAGAAGAAGACCCCCCUAGCGACUUUUUUGAAGGCUACCAAUCCAAACAUGUCUGCUCGAACCUACGUGUGACACUCCAAAACGCUCAGAUACCGGUUAUUGCAUACGUUAACCGCGAGUCUCGGCAAGUCGCACUAGAGCAAGGACGCUUGUUAGAGCCGGCUGACGUGAGAACUAUAGAGUCGCUAGGGGUGCAGCCACAUCGAGAUGUGCUGCAUCUUAACUGGACACGAUCACGCUAUAUUGACUGGGCAGUUGAUUCAGAUGCUCCAGGCUGGGUUGACGAGUUUCUAUUACAGGCGAAGGAUCUUGGGAUAUGGCCUUCUAUCGCGACUGAUCUUAUUCACAUUUUCAAUUUGAAGGCAGUGUUAGAUUGCGCUGGCGAUGCUGAUACGCUUGGCAGCCAUCACCCUUUUCAUUUAGGUAUACGGGAUAUACCAGAAGUUCGUUAUCGCAGCAGAGGAGGUGGAGCGGAUGACGUACGUGAGAUGGUUGAUAUACUACCUUAG